GCCCGCCCCGCGGCGCAUUGUGGGAUCUAUCAACCCCUCUGGAGCGGGACAAGGCCCUAGGUCAUGGCGAUCCAGUCGAGCCCGGUCUUGUUAGCCUCUCUGGGGGUGGGGCUCCUUACUCUGCUUGGACUGGCUCUGGGUACUUACUUGGUUCGAAGAUCCCGCCGACCGCAGGUCACUCUCCAGGACCCAGAUGAAAAGUACCUGCUGCGAUUACUAGACAAGACGACUGUGAGCCACAACACCAGGAGGUUCCGUUUUGCCCUGCCCACCGCCCACCACAUUCUGGGGCUGCCUGUGGGCAAGCAUGUCUACCUCUCUGCCCGAAUUGAUGGCAGUCUGGUCAUCAGGCCUUACACACCUGUCACCAGUGAUGAAGACCAAGGCUAUGUGGAUCUUGUCAUUAAGAUUUAUCUGAAAGGUGUGCACCCCAAAUUUCCUGAAGGAGGGAAGAUGUCUCAGUACUUGGAUAGCCUGAAGAUUGGGGAUGUGGUAGAAUUCCGGGGGCCAAGUGGGCUGCUCAGUUAUGCUGGGAAAGGGAAUUUUAACAUUCAACCCAACAAAAAAUCUCCACCUGAGCAUCGCGUGGCGAAGAAACUAGGAAUGAUUGCUGGUGGCACAGGAAUCACCCCAAUGCUGCAGCUGAUCCGGGCCAUCUUGAAAGUCCCUGAAGAUCCCACCCAGUGCUUUCUGCUUUUUGCCAACCAGACUGAAAAGGACAUAAUCCUCCGAGAAGACCUAGAGGAACUACAGGCCCAAUAUCCUAAUCGCUUUAAGCUCUGGUUCACUCUGGAUCAUCCUCCAGAAGGCUGGGCCUACAGCAAGGGCUUUGUUACUGCCGACAUGAUCCAGGAGCACCUACCCGCCCCAGCAGAGGAUGUGCUGCUGCUGCUCUGUGGGCCACCUCCUAUGGUUCAGCUGGCCUGCCACCCUAACUUGGACAAGCUGGGCUAUUCACAAAAGAUGCGAUUCACCUACUGAGCAUCUGAAAGCCUCUCUGAUCCCAUGUGUGCAGUUGUCCCUAGUCAAUUCUUGAACACUGAGGCCUAGUGCCUUUACUGAGAGCAUCAGCCUUUUGUGGCUCAUCCUACAAUCUGGAUGCUUACAGAAACAACACUCCAGCUAUGCAGAUGCAGGUCAAGGCUGAGUCACUCCCUAGACUCUUCUUUUGAUAAAACGUCCAGAUGAGGCUCAAGGAGCAGUCUCUUCCCUAGAGCCAGAAAGAAAGGAGCAUGCAUCUUGCUCGUUUCUGACCUUUGUGUCUGUGUUGAAAGGAAUGGACUGAGCAGCACUUCACUCACUACUUAUGUGUGUAUAGGUUGAAUGGCCUUGUAGACAUAGUCCUACAGAAAGAAAUUAUUUUCCAGAAUUCUCAACCUCAGAGAGAGGAGGGUGACAUGCGUGCAUGUGUGCCUGAGUGUGUGUGUGUGAGUGUGUGUGUGUGUGUGUCUCAGCUCCUGCCCAGGCUAGAGCAUGGUUACCCACAACUUAAGAUUGCUGCUUGUACAAGGAGUCUCUGGCUGUUCAAAUAAACGGACCCGAGGCCCUCAUGAUGUCAA